UGCCUUGACCCAGUAGCGGAAGUAGGAACGCUUCCGGUUUGACGCUCCGCUGGCGGUUGGACAUUCAACAUGGCCGCGGGACCAAUUUCGGAAAGAAAUCAAGAUGCGACUGUGUAUGUGGGCGGCUUGGAUGAAAAGGUGUCAGAGCCAUUACUGUGGGAGCUCUUCCUGCAGGCUGGUCCUGUGGUCAACACACACAUGCCCAAAGACAGAGUCACUGGCCAACAUCAAGGGUAUGGCUUUGUGGAGUUCCUCAGUGAAGAAGAUGCUGAUUAUGCCAUAAAAAUCAUGAAUAUGAUAAAGCUCUAUGGAAAACCGAUUAGGGUCAAUAAGGCCUCAGCACACAAUAAAAACCUAGAUGUUGGUGCAAACAUCUUCAUUGGAAAUUUGGACCCAGAGAUAGACGAGAAACUUCUCUAUGACACUUUCAGUGCUUUUGGUGUGAUUCUCCAAACGCCGAAGAUAAUGCGGGACCCAGACACAGGAAACUCGAAGGGCUAUGCAUUCAUUAACUUUGCCAGUUUUGAUGCGUCGGACGCGGCCAUCGAGGCCAUGAAUGGCCAGUACCUCUGCAAUAGGCCUAUCACGGUGUCCUACGCUUUUAAAAAGGAUUCCAAAGGAGAGCGACACGGUUCGGCCGCCGAGCGACUGCUGGCUGCACAGAACCCCCUGUCCCAGGCUGACAGACCGCAUCAGCUGUUCGCCGAUGCUCCACCACCAGUGACUGCACCGGCAGUCCUGACUGCGAUGGGAACAGCAAUGACCAUUCCAGGUCUCCCUCCUCCUGGUGCUUUUCCUCCUGUUCCUCCCCCUGGAACAAUGCCCCCAGCAAUGCCCCCUAGUAUGGCUAUGCCUCCAAAUGCAGUACCAGUUCAACCAGUGUCUGCUGGUGGACCUCUGUCUGGACCACCGCCUUUCCCCCCAGCCAACAUGCCUCCAGGUAUGCCACAGAUGCCCAUGCCGCCUCCUGCUCCUCCUGGCAUGGUGCCUCCACCUCCUGCUCCCCCAGGAUCUGCUCAGCGAGCUCCACUUCCUCCAAAUAUGCCACCACCUCCACCAAUGGGCAUGCCUCCUCGGGCGCCCUAUGGACCUCCUAUGGGUAUGAGAGGGCCUCCUCCUCCUAUGCCUCCACCCGGCUACGGCGCAGCCCCUCCUGGUCCUCCUCGUCCUCCUUUUGGUUUUCAGAGAGCCCCCCCGAUGCCACCUAGGCCCCCAGGUGCCCCUCCUCGGGUGCCUUAACAGCACCAUGAUCCAUGUUAGACGGCAUAAAUCAGCUGCUGUUUAGCUUUUUUUGUAUGUUCAAGGUUACUCCUGUUGUUUCAGUAUCUUUCUU